GGGGGGGGGGGCUUCAGCACGCUGACGCUGAGAAGCGGAGAGAAGAUGUAGCCGGCGAAUAGAAACGGUGUCGUCUACAAUGAUUCCGGUCUGUUUAAACGGAGAGAGGAGAGGGCACCGGGCUCGGUGGUGACCGCGGAGAGGUGCGCUGUGUCCCCGGUAACGCUGCUGUUCAACAGCGGACUCUCUCCCGCUGGACAGCCUCGGCUUGUGUCGUGUCCUCGUUGUGACGAGAGCAGCAGUAAUGCCACAGCCCAGGGUGAUGCUGGUGGUGACGGGAGAUGAUUUCGGCUACUGCCCGAGGAGGAACCAGGGGAUCGUGGACUGCUUCCAGGCCGGAGGCAUUUCCAACGUGUCGCUGCUGGUUAACGCCUGUGCUGCCAAAGAGGCGGCAGAUCUGGCGAAAAGGCACAACAUCCCCAUCGGCCUCCACGCCAACCUCUCUGAGGGCAUUCCAGUGUGUCAGCAGGCCUCCACGCUGACCACCCAGCGCGGCUUCUUCCACGGGAAGAUGGGCUUCCGUCAGGCCCUGGAGAGAGGUCAGCUCAGCAUGAAGCAGGUGGAGCUCGAGUUGAGGGCCCAAGUCGGGCUGUUCAGGGAACUGACAGGUCACCUGCCCCACCACAUGGACGGACACCAACACGUCCAUGUACUGCCAGGGGUGCGUGAGGUGUUUGCACAGGUCCUGUCAGACCUCAGGAUUCCAUUCACCCGUGUCCCAGUGGAGCCAGGGCAACACAGCUGCCCAGCGCUGCCGGCACACCUCCAGAGGUUCUAUGCACAGGUGGAGAAGGACGCUCUGGACUCCAUCCCUGUUUUCACACGCUACGGAAUCAGGUGGCCAGACGUGUACCUGGGGCUGACCACCAUGGGCCGGAACAUGUCCGUACCCAACCUGCAGAGGGCCCUCGGCCACGCCUUGGCUGCGGAGCCCUCUUCAGCCUCUACCUCCGGCGGUGCCUGGGGCCCUAACCAGCCCGUGGUCACAGCGGAGCUCAUGGUGCACCCGGGCUACCCGAGUGGACCCCAGGAAGGAGGCUGCGGAGAGGGCCCCGACGACUUCUCCCGGUCAGCCGACAGACAGCAUGAGCUGAGCGUGCUCAGAGACCCGGCCCUCCUGGCUCUCUACAGCCGGGAGAGGGUGCAGCUCUGUGCCUUCAAAGACAUCUGAGUGUGUACUGUAGGGAGCCAGAGUGAGUCACAUUGACAUCUGCAAUAACAGAAAUCACUCUAAAUCUGACCUAAUUAUUAUGGGAUGUGGGUCACUCAUUGUGUCCCGAAAAAAAAGUGAUGGUGACAUUUUAUUGACUGUUACUCUUAACUGUCCGGUAGGGGCCGCAGGUGAUCAACGACUACUUCCGCUUGCACACUUUGAAUAAAUUAUGACAGCAGUGGGUGUUUAAAACGGGGCUCGGUUAGCAGACUACAUACUCAACCGAGCGCUGACUACAAAAGAACGUGUCUCCUCAUUUCGGUCUUAGCCAUUAGCAGCCGCUGGGCAGUAUCGCCGGUUGGUUCAAUUUGUUUUUAUUUUGCUAAAUGGCCAGCGUGUAGAGCCAGCAUAUUUUCACAUCUAACUCUGUGAAUUAAGGAUUUAUUGUGAACAAACCACAGCUGGUGUUUGUUGGAAUAACUAACCGAGAGCUCUGGAGAGUUUUGUUUUGUUUCCGUCGAGUUUGAAACAAAAACAGGCGCCGACAACAACGGAGCACCUCUUCUCGCGUCGGUAGCAGGAGAGCUACCUAGCUGUUAGCCAACAGAGCUAACGGAGCUAAGCACACAGCAAGACUGACGGUCAACAUGAAGUGUUGCUCAGUGAGUCUGUUUGUGAGACGUGGGAGAGAAUAACGCGUAGAUACACUUUAAACUUGACUUUCACUUUCAAACAUUACAGCAGUGGUCGUUGCAAACGCACCUGACGCAGAUCUGCACAAUACUGAAGUCACUUUUCUACUUUAUUUCAGUUAUACUCAGCAUGUAACAUGUAAUGAACCUCAUUACCAACUUGCCUCUCUCGUUAGUGCAGACGUGGCUGUAACAAAAGCACAGAAAGGUAUGCACCAACACGCCGGUAAAACGUGAUGAAAGUAUUUUUCAAUGCUAACUAACAAAUCAUUAACUUAGUUGAUGAUUGCAUAUAAUAUUAACAAUCAUGAAUGUGACUUUUAUAAUUGAAGUUCCGUCCGUCAUCACAAACUGCGCUCCGGUUGGAAACGAGCAGACCUGCUUCCACUUCCACCUUCUGUAGUCAAGUUGCGUCCACACAGUUUCCCCGCGCCACGUGUUUGCAACAAGGCGGGCGUGCUCACUUUAGUUCAGUUUAUUCUGACCUUGAGGUUUGAAGACCUCCAUCCUUGCAGUUGUGUUCUUACGUGUUGUAUAUUGCCUCAAUUAAUCAUGUUCAAUGUGGGUCAGUGUAAAGGGGUAGAGGGGGACCAGCAGCAGCAUGAUUCUGCCAAGUCAUUG